AUGAGCACAGAGGACGCUGGCAAUGGGACCUCUCCCACCCCACCUCUCCUUGAAGUUCUGCUUUCAACCACCGAGCUGGUCCCACCCAGUCCCGCCUCCCCCGAGGAGGCAGACCCAUUGCCCAUCAUCAUUGCGCUCAUCUGCCUCUUUCUCCUCGUGGCGACCUUCUUCACCUUCUUCAGCCUGUGCAGGCUGCGGUGGCUGGGCCAGCCCCACCUGGGGCCCCGUGAGCACAUGCCCCACCACCCGGCUGACGCCAGUGAGCCUCGCCUCAGGCUCUGGAAGCGCCUGGGUUCCCUGCGCCGCUCUGUCAGUGCCUUCAGGAGGAGUCAGCCCGUGUCCCACAGCCAGCAAGCCUGCUCCAGGAGCUCCCCUCCCAGCCAGGACUGGGACAUCACGGAGUCCACCAAAAUGUGA